AUGACCAAGUCCCCACAUAGAGAAUAUGCAGGGUUUUUCCAGUUUUUGGCUUCAACAGCAGGUUUGAUCUUUAUACUUAUAUGGUCUAUAAUUCCUACAUCUUACGAGUCGGAAAAUCCGAGCGAUGAGAGCUCCAAUUGUCUCCGAAGUGUCUUACACACAUUACUGGAUCUGUUACCGCAAAGGCAUUGGAUAGUAACCAUCGAAUGUAUUGUUUUAAUGGGAAUGUUGGCAAUUUAUUUGGGUAUUUUGACAUACAACGAAGAUGUGUUGACGGUGCCCUUGCAUGACAUUAGUACAAUCACGGAUCGCAAGGCUAAACUAGCGAAACCUAAUACUUAUGAAGAGUUCAUUAAGAAGUAUGCAUUUUCAGAAACUAGCGGUGUGCUUGACCUACCAGUUACGGAUGUAUGUAAAAUGUUGUAUGAGACUACAAACGGCAAGGAUUUGCAAAAUCCACCCAAUUAA